CUCGGCUCCCGACGCUGGCGCUGUUACUGGGGCGACAGCGUCGUGACGUGGCGUCAACGGCCGUCGGGCGACUGCUGGCUUUCGGCGCUGGUAGCUGCCGUCGCCGGUCGUCGGAGCCCGCCCUUUCCUUUCAGCACAAAUGUCCGUUUGUAAAACAGCAGGGCUGGCGUCUGCAGGAUUUGCAGGCUUCAGUCCUGCAGGAAGUACGGGAGGCUCAGAAUUUCCAACGUGUUCACCUUAGAGCCAGCCACGGCAGCGCCAGCCCACCCAGUAGCCUGAGUGCCCGCAGCGUCAGCAGGGAGGAAUACAGAUUUUUCAUCUAUAAUUCAGAAGCUAAGUAAAUAACAAAAUGAAGCCAGUAAAGCAUCUGUUGACCUCUAGUAGUAAAUUGGUAAACGUUCCAGAAUUAACAUUUAAGAAAGGACUAUUUAAUUCACCAUUGUCACCUAAACCAAAGGAAAAACAUAGUGCAAAAGUAGUACGUGAUAAACUUGAACCGAUGAUCUUAAAAUCUCCACCAACGGGAGAAUCCAUUGUAAGGUAUGCUUUGCCCAUUCCGUCAAGUAAGACAAAGGAGUUAAUAGCAGAAGAUGAAUUGAUCAGGAAAAUUACCAAACAUCUGAAGAUGGUGGUUUCCAGUUUGGAAGAAACCUAUGGAUAUGGCACUCAAAAUGGAGAAAAAGCAGUUGUGAAGCCUGAAAAUGAAGAAUUAAACUUUUCUGUUGGGGAUGAUCUGACUUCAUUCUUAAUAUGUUGUUCACAAUUUGCAACUCAGUUAGAAGCAGCAGCUAAAGAAGAACAUAAUAUUUUGGAAUCUCUUUUUAAGUGGUUUCAGCGACAGGUCAAUCAGAUGGAAGAGAUAAGCAAAGAUCAAACUUUUUCAGAAGCAGAGUUUCCAACACCUGAUAAAACAGUCAGUUUAAGCAUUGCACAAAUAGUAAAGCAGGUACACAAACUUGAAGAACUGAAAAAUCGCCUUAAAGAAGGGUCUAAAGGCAACUUCAGAGAACUGUUGUCUAAACCCAAGGAUAGUGGAAUUCCACCAGAAGAUGUGCAAACUUAUGAAACUGUGAAGCAGAAAAUUGAAGAAUUCAUAAAAACACACUCAACUGAAGAAAUUACAGAUGUUUCUGUGACUGAGCCACAAACUUCUCCUGUAACUAAUCAAUUGAAUACCAUGUUGAAAAUAUUUGAAAAUCAGGCAAAUAAAUUAGAAAGAGCUAUGAAUGAGCAACUGAUGUUAGAGGCUAAAUAUACACAGAUUCAAAGUGAUCUCCAAGUAUUAUCAGAGGAGAAAUUAAUUCUGGAAAAUGAACUACAAAGGUUGAAAAGUACAGAGAAAACAAAGGCUACAAGUGAGCGAACAAAGAAAGUUAUGAAAACAGAGAAGAAAAAGGACAAAGGAAAGUCUGAAGAUUCAGAAGCGAAGAAGUCUGUAGGGAAAGAGCUUAAAGUGAAAGAAAAUAUGCCUCAAGUCCAGAAAGUAGCACAUGCUCUGGAAAUUGAGAACAAAGUUCUUCGGGAACAGCUGAAACAAGCUUUACAGGAAGCUGAAAGAGCUAAGCAGCAACUUGCCUAUUUCCUAAAUCAAGAAAAGGAGUUUCUUAAAAGUGAGGCAAAGACCAAGACAACCACAGAAAUGGGUACUGGUAAAUUAAAAGUUAAAGGUGAAGAUUCAAAAUAUAUACUAUUGGAAAAUGAAACAAGAAAAGCAGUAGUGGGCGAUUCAGGUGGACAAAAAACAAAUGAUAAAAUUACAUAUCCACAGAUCCUCAAGUCUCAAGAUGGAUCAUCUUUUUUAAAGACUGCAAGUGAACAUUUAACUGAUGAAGAUCUAUCCCGUAUAGUUUCAUCAAAGAACUAUGAUAAAACAUUCACAACAAUGUUACAGCAUGAAGAAAUUAAAGAUGCACAGUCUGUUGGAAAAUUGCUUCAAGAGAAUGAAAUGUUUGCAGCAUCAUUCAUCUCACCUUCUGUUGUUCAAAGAAGGGUACUGGGUACUGACAUCUCAAAGGUGGCUGAUAUUUUAGAAGAGAAAUUAAAAACUAAGCUUGAAAAACAAACUUACCAAGAAGCAAGAGGAUUUCAAGCUCCUGGUAGAAAAUUAGAUGAAAAUCCUCUGCUUAAGAAUGAAACACCAUCAGAAGCUAAAAAACGAUUGUUGAAACCAGAAACUGCUAGAGCAAAUAGACGCAAUGCGUUUCUUAUAACAGAGCCAAAAGCUAUAACUAUUGAUGAUCAACUGUCUGAGGAUAUAGCUUCAGUUUUAACCAGGCAGUCUCAAGUUAACCUUGAAGCAUCAGGAAGUGGCAGUUUUGAUAGUUAUGAUGAAGCAUCAUAUGAAAAGGUUAUGCUUAACCAUCAGGAUUUGGUGUCAAAAACCCAAAUGCAAGUAAAGAAGCAAAGAACUCUCAAAAAGGAAAGACUCUCUACUCAUGAUAAAGUACGAGAUAAAAAGCGUGUGCAUGAGAAUCUAGAUUCAAAAAUCCAACAACAUGUAAAGAAAGGAAAAAGUCACAGAAGGGAAGGACACACUACUUGUGAUGAUGUAUCAGAUGAAAGUCUCAUGUUUAUGCAGCAAGACUUAAAGUUAGAAACAGAAAUUCAUGUAGAGAAACAAAAAUCCUCUGGACCUGAAAGUGUCACUAGUGAUAAAGUCCCAGAUGAAAAUCCUGUGCUUGAGCAAGAGUCAAUGUCAGAAACUCAACUGGAAGUAAAGAAACAAAGACCUUCUAAAGAAAGAAGACUCCGCUCUCAUGAAAAAAUAUCAGAUGCAAAUCUUAUGCAUGACCAUCAAGAAUCAAUGUCAAAAAGCCAAAUGACGGUAAAGCAACAAAAAGAGAAAAAACACACUCAAGAUGAAGUACCAGAUGGAAAUCAUAUGCUUGACCAUCAAGAGUUAAUGUCAGAAUCAGAGAUUCAAGUGAAGAAAGAAAGCUUUCACACAGGGGAAAGAUUUACUAUUUAUGAUGAUGCUCCAGACAAAACUCCUGUGCUUCAGCAUCAAGAAUCAGUGCCAAAACUUCCAAUACAGGAACAGAAAACUUCCAAAGGAGAACACAUCACUCAGGAUGAAGUACUAGAUGGAAAUCCUAUGUUUGAGCAUCAAGACUCCAGGUCAAAAUCAGAGAUUCAAGUGAAAAAACCAAGUUUUCACAAAGGAGAAACACUUACUACUUCUGAUAAUGAUGUGCCUGACCAUACUCCUGUGCUUCAGCAUCAAGAUUCAGUGUCAAAACUCCCAGUGCAAGUACAGAAACAGAUAACUCCCAGAGGAGGAAAGCACAGUACUCAGGAUGAAGUAUCACAUAGAAAUCGUAUUCUUGAUCAUCAAGACUCAGUGUCAAAAUCAGAGAUUCAAGUAAAGAAACCAAGCUUGCACAAAGGGGAAGGACUUACUGCUCCUGAUGAUGUGCCUGACAAUACUCCUGUGCUUCAGCAUCAAGAUUCAGUGUCAAAACUCCCAGUGCAAGUACAGAAACAGAUAUAUUCUGGAGAAGGAAAACACGGUACUCCUGAUAAAGUGCCAGGUGGAAAUCUUAUACUUGAACAUGAAGAUUCAGAGUUAAAAAAACAAGCACAAGUAAAGAAACAAAGAACUUCCAUAGGAGAAAGACUCAAGACUCGUAUUGGAGUACCAGAUGAAAAUCUUACGGUUUUUGAUCAAUAUCCAGUGUCAAAACUCCAAACUCAAGUAGAGAAACAAAUAAAUUACAGAAGGGAAAGGAGUCAGAGUUAUUUUGGAGCAUCAGGUCAAAAUACUCUGCUUGUGAAUGAAGAUUUAGUUUCGAAACCCCAAAAGCAAGUGAAGAAACAGAUAGCUUCUCGAGAGGAAAGACGCUAUACAUAUCCUUUUCAAAACCAGAAAAAUUAUAUAACAGUUGAAAAUCUACAUCCUGAGAAGGAGGAUUUGUUUUCAAGAAAGCAAUCCCAAACUCAGAAACCUAGAGCUAUCAAAAAGGAGAAUCUUGAUGCUCAGAAAGCAAGAGAUAUAUCAUCUGAGGAUGAAGUUGGAUCAAAAAGCCAGUCUCAAACUGAGAAACUUAGAGCUGGCAAAAUGGAAACCCUGAAUAAUCAAGAUGUGGAUGAACUCUCAGAUGAGAAAUUUGCACUUGAUGAUCUAGUAAGAACUAAAGGAUACAAGGAUAAAACUCAACUAAGUGGAGUUUACCACCCUCAGAUAUUGAGAAUUAAAAGGGAAACAACCACAGAACAUCCAGAUAUAGCAGAGAAUCUUCCAGAAAUGAAUCCAUCAAUUGAUGACUUAAUAUUUCAAUUAGAUUUAAACAAAGUAAUAGAAAUUGAUCUAGAACACUUGAAAGAUACUCUUGGAAGACAUAUACGGAUAGUGGGAAAUAAGACCCUAGCAAAGGCUCCCCUUGAGACUCAUACAGAGCGCUAUGCAGAAGCUACUGGAAGAAAUAUUCUAAAGGGCAAAAUCAAGAGUCAUCUUGCAUCUGAUGCAGAGCUAUUCCCAGAUAUUAUUGGGAGACGUUUCUUGAAGAGUGAAUUCAAGACACAACCCAAGAACCAUCUUGGGACUAAUGUACAAGGCUUGACAGGUAAAACUGGAAGAGGUGUAAUAAAGGGACAAUUCAAGACACAAUCAAGGAAUCUCCCUGACACUGAUACAGAGCACUUCCCAGAUGCUGUUGGAAGAAGUAUGCUAAAGAGUGAUAUCAAGACACAAUCCAAGAGUCAUCCUGGUAAAAGAGUGAAUUUAUUUAAAGACAAAGAUAAGUCCACACAACAUCAAACAGAGUUUUUUACUGGGCACAUCACAGGAAGUAAAUUCCCAAUGAACGUGAUCAAUUUUUCACAAGUUGACAAUCAAGAUUUACUUAAAGGCAAAAAUGCAUUUUUACAGCAAGAAAAUGUCUAUGCCAGGCACGUUGCACCAAGUAAAUAUAAAACAAAAAUAAUUACUUUAUCACCCUUUGAUGAUGAAGAUGCAUCUUUUGAGGACUUUUCAUCUUACAUGACUGAACGCCCAAAAGUACUUCAUAGACCAUCUAAGACUGGGCCAGGUUUUUAUAAAGCCAUCAAUUUUCCUUCACUGAAUAAAGAACAUUCAGGGCAUCAAAAAAAAUCAACCUUAAAAAAAAAGAAAAUUGAACAUGAAGAGACUCUGCCCACUGUGAUUGCUACAACAAGAAAACCUGUCUAUAAAGUGCCAUAUACAACUGCCUGAAAAUCUCCACCCCACCCAUACUUUUGAAAAUAAAUUAAUUCCGGGCAAAAUAAAUAAGGUGAGCAAACUUAUGGAGAUAGCAAUGAAAUUGCAGGAGUGGAAGCCUUAUGAAAAUAACAUUGCCUUGAGUGAAUGGUGUUUAUUGAACAAUACUGAGAAAGACCCUGAAUUAACAGGGUAGGCCCAAAUCAUGGAGGACCUUGAUCGGCAUCAG